ACAUGCAGCCCCAGGACAGCAGUGUCCAUUACAGCAGGUGGCAGGACGUCAGCCAGGAUGAAGUGAGCAUGGCAGCUGUACCAACCAUAGCAGAGGCUUCCAGCUGGGAUAGAGUUUCCUGAAUGCUGUGGUGGGGCAAGCUGAGUGUGGCCAUGAAGGUGCUGAGUGCCGUGGCUCUCUUCUGGGCUGUCUUCAUCUUGGGCUACAUCACUGGCUCCUAUGUGCAUAAGUGCAAAUAGGCAUGCCCAGAGGCUGAGGGCACAGCUUUAGAGGGGCAGGUAGCCUAUUAUGAGAAUUCCCUCCAUCUACACAGAUCCUUCCAUAUUCACCCUCCCAUACAAAGAGCCUCCUCCCCCUUUAUACACGAAACCCUUUCUUUAUACAUAGGCCCCAGGGGGGCAGAUGCAACACACAGCACACAGGCAGACACACCUGGUGCUCAGACACCAGGCUUUCACACUGACAGCCAGACAGACACAAAUACACAAAGACAUAGGCACUUGGGGAGACUAGAGACAAUGAGCCACACAUGGUCACAUUACUGGGUCAGCCUGAACAACUGCCCAGGCUGGGCUCUUGGGCCCAGGGCCACCAGUGUAAACUGCCCCCCACCCCACCCUGCCCCAAGUCCCCAGCAUAUGAGUGAGUGUAGCUGAGGACCCAGGCCUGGCAGCCCUAAAAACUUGGGUCUUGCUGGUGAGCACUGCGCAGGACUGUAUGACCUGGGCUGACCCCUAACUUCUUCCAUAGCCAGCAUGUCUCCCUCCAAAAAAGUGGGCAUGGUUUUCCCUGGACUGCCUAUCCCCUGGGGCAGGCCAGCUCCUCCCCAAGUGCCCUGUGCACCAAGGUGGUCAUUAAAUCUUUGUUGAAUGAAA